AUGGACGAAACACCUCAAGUGUUGAAAAAUCGUAACGAAUCCGUUUUAUCUUUCAGUCCUUCUCAGAAAGAUGGAAAGCAAGUUCAGUAUAACGCGAACCUUUCUGCAGAACAAUCAGAGCGGAUCAACAGAGCUCGAGAGGAUGCCGCUCGUCAAGCUGCCAUGUCUGUCAAGGAGGGUCUGAAGAAAUACCGAUGGGCCGUCAUGUGGUCGGCGUUAAUGACUUGCACACUGAUCAUGGAGUCGUACGAUUAUUCUUUGAUGGGUCAGUUGUUUGGAUUCCCAGAAUUUGCGAAGAAAUACGGUACCUUGUUACCAAGUGGGAAAUAUAACAUCAGUGCCGGCAACCAAACCAUUCUUAAGCAAAUCACAAAAGCUGGUCAAAUUGUAGGCCUUUUCUUUACCGGCCAGCUGGUCGAUAAACUAGGAUAUAGAUGGACCAUGCUUGGCUCUCUGCUGGCGAUUGCUCCACCAGUGGCUAUGCAGUAUUUUGCGCCUAAUCUCAAUGUCCUCAUCGGUGCUCAAUUUCUGCUAGGAAUUCCUCUAGCACCUUUUUUGACUUUAUCCAAUGUAUACGCCGCUGAAGUCGCACCUCCCUGCCUACAACCCUAUUUGACCAGCGCUACAACCCUAGGGUGGACGGUUGGCGGUCUUAUUUCCACGGGCGUUCUUCGCGGCUUGCUCAACAGUACGCUGAACAAUUCUUAUCGAAUCGCAUUUGCCGUACAAUGGGCUUGGCUAGGGCCAAUGUUCCUCAUCAUUUGGUUUGCUCCGGAAUCCCCUUUCUGGUGUAUCAAGACGGGACGACCUGAACGAGCUCGAGCUGCCCUCAAUCGACUCAGUAGUGACGAUGAGACAGAUGAACAUAUCGAUAACCGACUUGCUAUGAUCGAAUACACCGAUAUGGUUGAAAAAGAACACGAACAUAGCACAUCGUACCUUGAGUGCUUCAGAGGCGUCAACGCCAGGCGUACAGAGAUUGCAUGUAUGGUCUAUGCCUGUCAGAAUCUUGACGGGUACGACAUAGGCGGAGCUUCGACAUACUUCUUCCAACAGGCUGGUCUUUCCUCUAUUGCAUCUUUUGAUAUGAGUCUCGGUCUUUCCGGAGUCUCUAUUGUGGCUUCCUUGUUCACCUGGUGGGUGAUGAGUAAGCACGGCAGACGGCCGAUCUAUAUCGCUGGUCUCGCAGCUACGACCGUCAUUCUCAUCUGCAUCGGUGGUCUCGGUAUUCCAACGCCGACCAUAACUACGGGCUGGGCUACAGGAGGGAUGUGCAUCGCGUUCAAGAUCGUCUUCUAUCUUUCCCAGGGACCGCUCAACGGCACAUACAUAACCGAUGUCCCCAAUGUCAGACUUAGAGCCAAGACGGUGGUCAUCGCCAGGGGAGCCUUUAUCUGUUCGGCAGUUUUCAUGGUCGUCCUUACCAAUUACCAGAUCAACAUCACCGCUUGGAACUGGAGAGGUCGUGCAGGAUUUUUCUGGGCAGGAUCGUGCUUCUUAUGUACUGUAUGGGCUGUUUUCAGGCUUCCAGAAACUAAAAACCGCACCCCAGCACAGAUGGACCGACUCUUUAUGGAUCGAGUGCCCGCAAGAAAAUUCGCCUCCACCGAAGUGCAAUCCGUAGAAGACCAGGACAACGAAAUGUCGUAUACUCGUCAGACAGCAUAA